AUGGAUGCCCGGUACAAGACGGAUUCGUUCCUGCUUGAGCUCAUCUCUCGCCUCGAUGAGUUUCCCGACAGCGCCCGGGAUGUCCUUAUACAGUUGCCGCGGUUCAUUAGAGAGGAGAGAGAGCUGGGGAGUGAAGUCAUGAAGUCACUCGCUGCCCAACAGCUGGAACUGAAAGCCGGACAAGAAGAUCUAGUGGCUAGCAGGCAGACCCUUGCGACCGAUAGACAAGCGAUCGACGAUGACAAGCAGCAUCUGGAAGCCGAAAGCGCUCGGCAGCAAGCUGAGCGGCAGCGACUACAUGCUGAUAGGGAGCAAUGCGAGGCCGAAAAGAAAGCCACCGAGACCGAGGCGUUGCAGCUCGGGGCCGACCAGCGCAGCCUGCGUUCCGAUAGACGUGAAGUCGAGCGCGAGAAGCAGGCUAUAGCGACGGAGCGACAGCAAGCCAAGACCGACAAGGAAAGCCUGGAGGGGCAGGUGCAGGAUCAGAAGGCCGAGCUUCAACGUCUUCGUAGCGAGAUCAGUACACUUCAUGCGCAGGCCGUUUGUACGAACGGGCAAACCGACUACUUCAAAGCGGACCGAACCAUGUCGAGCUUCCAAGGGAGCAUACCAUCGGCAUGGCCAGUAGCGCAGCACGCUAUGACCAGUUCAACACCGCAGUCGGGCCCCGCAACAAAAUCGGCGCCUCGAGAACGAGGUGGGGGAGGCGUCGUUAGGGCGCCGCAAGGUCACACGGAGUCCAUCCGAGGUAUUCCACAUUCUGGGAGAGGCGUCUUCAGCGGUGCACAAUGCAGCACACCACCGGCUCGAGGCCAUGGACCAUCCAUGCGAGGCCCUAGGAGCCGGCCCGGAGGCAACCUUUUCACCAACACGCUCGCUCUCAAGCGCUCGUCGUCCGAGACUGCAGGCUUCGCAUCGCCAGAGCCGGAGCAGAAGCGGCCAAGGGUGUGA